GUGGAGCAGUACCAAAUUCAGAUAUUGACCAAGUCAUUCAUUGUGACAAAAUGUUGUAUUAUUGAGAGUACUGCAAAUGUGAGAGUGGUGUUAUUGUUAAAGCAAGAAACGCGGAAAACAGGGUGGGCCCCAUCUCAGGAAUGGAGUGGCGAGGGUGAUGAUUGAGAUGGCGGAAGCGCCGAGAAAGAAGGCACUGCAGGAAUGGCGCUGCCAUGGUUGAAAUUGAAAGCAAAACGAAAACCCUCUUCACUCUCAGUAAUCCUCACUACCACUCUCCUUCUUCUGGUCUUGUUGUUCUUCGCGAUAAACCCUCCUUCUCCUUCUCCCAUUGCCACACCACGCAGGUCACUCCUCCUUGCUCCCUCACCGUGUUCCGGCAAAUCCGAUGGAAUCCUCAACUACCAGUGCCUCUUCCCACAACACACCGCUCUCUCCAUCCCCUUCCUCUCCCUCUUCCUCCUCCUCCACUUCUACAUCCUCAUCACCACCGCCCAGGACCACUUCUCCCUCGUCACCACCAAACUCGCCUCCCACCUCGCCCUCUCCCCCAGCAUGGCCGCCGUCACGCUUCUCUCCCUCGGCAACGGCGCCCCCGACGUCUUCUCCUCACUCGCAGCCCUCCGCGCCGGCCAGUACCGCACUGGCUUCGGCGCUAUACUCUCCGCCGGCACCUUCGUCUCUGCCCUCGUCGUCGGCUUCGUCGCCAUCUACGCCGCGCCCUUCUCCGUCGAUCCCGCGCCCUUCGUUAGGGAUGUUCUCUUCUACCUCACCGCUGCAAUGUUCCUCUUCUACGUCUACCUCAGCGCCGAGAUUUUCCUUUGGCAGGCCGUUGGAUUCGUUGCCUUCUACUUGUUCUUCGUAGGGUUUGUCUUCUACAUGGACUUGGGGAUGGCAGAUCGCACUCAAAAGAGUUCCGCGGAUCUCGAGGGACAGUUGGAAUCGGAUCCCGACCCUGUAGUUUCGAGAUCAGCCGAGGGAGAGAAACGCGCUUCCGGAGUGCGUGGAGUGUUUCGAUUGAUUUCAAAAACAUGGGAGCUUCCUGUGGAAACUCUCCUGAGAUUGACGAUCCCUCAACCAGCACCAGCACAAUGGAGCAGAUUUUAUGCAUCAGCCAAUAUUGCACUUUGUCCACUGGCCCUCUUGUAUGCCUGCAACUCAUUCAUGCCAUUUAACCACCCCAUAGUUUUCCUCCUCCCCAACACUCACUUUCCCCUCUGGUCAGUAGUUUUCAUGACAAGUUUCUCUCUUGCAUUUCUUCAUUUUAUAAUCGAAAAGCAACCCCCCAAAACAGAGCAUCUGCCUGUGGUUGUGAUGGCAUUUGUGAUGAGCGUGUUCUGGAUAUCUACUACAGCCGGAGAGCUGGUGAAUUGCCUGGAAGCUAUAGGCACACAUCUGAAACUGCCGCCUGCACUCCUGGGUCUUACUGUGCUGGCAUGGGGAAAUUCAGUAGGUGAUCUUGUCGCCGAUGUUGCAGUCGCCAAAGCCGGUCAUCCGGCGAUGGCGAUGGCGGGUUGUUUCGCCGGACCAAUGUUCAACAUGCUUGUUGGCCUUGGAAGUGCUUUAGUCAUACAGACGGCCAAUGUAUACCCUAAUGCUUAUCAGCUUAAUUUCCACGUUGGUAUAGUGAUAGCAUUUGUUUUCCUGCUUUUAAGCCUUAUGGGGUCUCUCUUAGUGAUCACUUGGUGCAGAUUCAGAGUGCCUAGGUUUUGGGGAUUCUGUCUGGUAGGCAUCUAUGCUGCUUUUACUGCAGCAAGUUUAGGAAUAGCCAUGUUCUCAGGGUGAUUUUUUUUAGGUAGAUCUAUGAUUUAUAUUCAUACUCAAACUCAACCAUAAGCUAAAUCCUCAUAGAUGGCAUUAUUGAAAGAAGUAUUCAGCACGUAUAUAUGUUUAUGAUGAGUUCCCUUUUAGGUUUCUCCAUUAGGUUUAGGUAGGAAAAAAAAAAUUAGUUGGGUCCUGAUCAUUGGAAUUUUUUAACAUAACAUUGUUAUACCUAUCUGUUACUGGUUCUGCUCACUGACAUUUUUUUCACAAUUGAUUUUUUUUUUUAAAGUUUUGUGAAACUGAAGGUGAGAUUGAUUGUACUUGUAAUCGGUAAUAAAAUUAAUGUUUUGACAUCUUA